GAGUUGGAAGAGUUGAUUAAAGUCAAGGAAAAAGAAGUAGAGAAAGUAGAACAGAGUGGCCUUUCCUUGGUCCGCAAUAAGAAGGAAGAAGUCUCUGCUGUUGUCAUGAGUACUCUGCAAGAACUUAACCAUUCAUGGGCCAAUUUGGACCACAUGGUUGGCCAGCUGAAGAUAUUGUUGCAAUCUGUGCUUGAUCAGUGGAGCGUUCACAAAGCAGCUUAUGAAGAACUGAAUAGUUAUUUGAUGGAAGCUAGAUAUUCUUUGUCCCGCUUUCAUCUCCUCACAGGCUCCUUGGAUGCAGUGAAAGUCCAAGUAGAUAACCUCCAGAGCCUGCAGGAUGAGUUAGAAAAGCAAGAGAACAGCUUACAGAAAUUUGGUUCAAUAACUAACCAGUUAUUGUAAGAGUGUCAGCCACCAGUCACUGAAACACUUUCAAAUACCCUGAAAGAACUCAAUAUGAGGUGGAAUAACCUUCUGGAAGAGAUUGCAGAGCAGCUACACUCCAGUAAGGCCCUGCUUCAGCUUUGGCAGAAGUACAAAGACUGCUACAGCCAGUGCUCCUCCACAGUCCAACAACAUGAGGACCAAAUCAAUGAGCUGUUGAAGACUGCCAUUAACAAGGAGAUAGGUGAUAAUGAAGUCACAACUUGGAUUCAGGAUUGCAAUGAUUUAUUGAAAAGUCUGGGGACAGUGCAAGAUUCCCUGUUUGUUCUCCAUGAACUUGGAGAGCAGCUUAAGCAACAAGUGGAGACAUCGGCAGCAGCAGCUAUUCAGUCUGAUCAGCAAUCCCUGAGCCAGAACUUGUCCACACUAGAACAGGCUCUCAUCAGGCAAAAGGCUAUACUCCAGGCUGGAGUUCUAGACUAUGAGACAUUUGCUAAGAGCCUACAGGGCCUGGAGGCCUGGAUAACAGAAGCUGAAGAAAUGUUGAAAGAACAAGAUCCCAGUCAUUCAUCUGAUGUGUCUACAAUCCAGAACAGGAUGGAAGAACUCAAAAGCCAGAUGUUAAACUUCAGUAGCAUGGCACCGGAUUUGGACCGUCUGAACGAGCUGGGCUACAGGCUACCCUUGAAUGAUAAAGAAAUCAAAAGAAUGCAGAAUCUGAACAGGCGGUGGUCCAUAAUCUCAUCUCAGACAACAGAAAGAUUCAGUAAACUACAGUCUUUUUUACUGCAACACCAGACCUUUUUGGAGAAAUGUGAGAGUUGGAUGGAAUUUCUGGUUCAGACUGAGCAGAAACUGGCUGCAGAGAUUUCAGGAAACUACCAGAGUUUGUUGGAGCAACAGAGAGCACACGAGCUGUUCCAGGCAGAGAUGUUCAGUCGCCAGCAGAUUUUACAUUCAAUCAUCGCUGAUGGACAGCACCUACUAGAGCAAGGACAAGUGGAUGACAGGGAUGAGUUUAAUCUGAAACUGACACUACUCAGUAAUCAAUGGCAAGGAGUGAUUCGCAGGGCACAGCAGAGGAGGGGAAUCAUUGACAGUCAAAUCCGCCAAUGGCAGCGUUACAGGGAGAUGGCAGAGAAACUACGCAAAUGGCUGGUGGAAGUGUCUUAUCAGCCAGUGAGUGGACUCGGUGGCAUUCCUAUUCCUCUGCAGCAAGCCAGAGCCCUUCUGGAUGAAGUGCAGCUGAAAGAGAAAGUUCUCCUACGGCAACAAGGGAGCUACAUUUUAACUGUGGAAGCUGGGAAGCAGCUCCUGCUCUCUGCUGAUAGUGGAGCUGAAGCAACCCUGCAGACGGAACUCACGGAAAUUCAGGAGCACUGGAAAUUAGCCACCAUGCAUCUUGAGGAACAGAAGAAACAACUUGCCUUUCUACUGAAAGACUGGGAAAAAUGUGAAAAAGGCAUUGCUGACUCCUUGGGGAAACUAAGAUCCUUCAAGAAAAGGCUUUCUCAGCCACUGCCAAAUCACCACGAUGAGCUGCAUGCAGAGCAAAUUCGUUGCAAGGAGCUAGAAAAUGCUGUUGAAGGGUGGACAGAUGACCUUGCACAUCUGACACUGCUGAAGGAGACUUUGGCUACCUACCUCAGUGCUGAUGAUAUCUCAAUCCUCAAUGAGCGCAUUGAGCUGCUUCACAGACAGUGGGAGGAGCUGUGCCACCAGAUUUCCUUGCGGCGGCAGCAGGUGAAUGAGAGGCUGAAUGAGUGGGCAGUCUUCAGUGAGAAGAACAAGGAGCUCUGUGAGUGGCUAACACAAAUGGAGAGUAAGGUGUCUCAAAAUGGAGACAUCCUCAUUGAAGAGAUGAUUGAGAAACUCAAGAAGGAUUACCAAGAUGAAAUUGCCAUAGCCCAAGAGAAUAAAAUCCAGCUCCAGCAAAUGGGAGAGCGUCUUGCCAAAGCCAGCCAUGAGAGCAAAGCAUCAGAAAUUGAAUACAAACUUGGCAAGGUCAAUGACAGAUGGCAACACCUUCUAGAUCUGAUUGCAGCCAGGGUGAAGAAGUUAAAGGAGACCCUGGUUGCUGUACAGCAGCUGGAUAAGAAUAUGAACAGCUUGAGAUCCUGGCUUGCUCACAUUGAGUCAGAGCUGUCCAAACCCAUUGUCUACGAAACCUGUGAUUCCGAGGAGAUACAAAGGAAACUGAAUGAGCAGCAGGAGCUCCAAAGGGAUAUAGAGAAACACAGCACUGGAGUGGCAUCCGUUCUUAAUCUGUGUGAGGUACUUCUCCAUGACUGCGAUGCUUGUGCCACAGAAACAGAGUGUGACUCCAUCCAGCAGGCCACCCGAAACCUGGACAGACGAUGGAGAAACAUCUGUGCAAUGUCAAUGGAAAGGCGACUUAAAAUUGAAGAGACGUGGCGGCUAUGGCAAAAGUUCUUAGAUGACUAUUCUCGCUUUGAAGACUGGCUGAAAAUUUCUGAGAGGACAGCUGCCUUUCCUAGCUCUUCUGGUGUGCUGUACACGGUUGCCAAGGAAGAGCUAAAAAAAUUUGAGGGUUUCCAGCGACAAGUGCAUGAAAGUCUCACACAACUGGAACUGAUUAACAAACAGUACCGCCGCCUGGCUCGAGAGAACCGCACUGACUCUGCUUGCAGUCUCAAACAGAUGGUCCACGAAGGGAACCAGAGAUGGGACAACUUACAAAAGCGAGUCACUUCCAUUCUGCGCAGGCUAAAACAUUUUAUUGGCCAGCGCGAGGAGUUUGAAACAGCACGUGAUAGCAUUCUGGUCUGGCUAACAGAGAUGGAUCUGCAGUUGACCAAUAUUGAACAUUUCUCAGAGUGUGAUGUCCAAGCAAAGAUAAAGCAACUCAAGGCUUUCCAGCAAGAGAUCUCUCUGAACAACAACAAAAUUGAGCAGAUAAUUAUCCAGGGUGAGCAGCUGAUAGAGAAAAGUGAACCCAUGGAUGCAGCUGUCAUAGAAGAAGAACUGGAUGAACUCCGCCGUUACUGUCAAGAGGUCUUUGGUCGUGUGGAACGCUACCACAAGAAAUUGAUUCGCCUUCCUCUGACAGACGAUGAACAUGAACUCUCUGACAGAGAGGUGGAUCUGGAUGAAUCAGCAGAUCUCUCUGACAUACACUGGCACGACAAAUCUGCAGACAGUGUUCUCUCCCCACACCCUUCCUCCAACCUCUCGCUGUCGCUUGCCCAGCCAAUGAGAAGUGAGCGGUCAGGGCGGGAUACUCCUGCAAGUGUAGAUUCCAUCCCCUUGGAAUGGGAUCAUGACUAUGACCUCAGUCGGGACCUGGAGACAGCCGUUUCAAGGGUACUACACUUAGAGGAGGAAGGACAAGAAGACAAAGAUUUCUAUCUUAGGGGUGCAACUAGUAUUGCAGAUGUAGAGAUCCCAGAAAGCCCUGAGGCCUAUGUAAAACUUACUGAAAAAGCACUCAGAAAUAUAUCUGGAGAACCAGGUGCCUUGGAAACACACAUCCGUCAGCUGGACAAGGCCUUGGACACUAGUCGUUUCCAAAUACAGCAAACAGAAAACAUCAUUCGCAGCAAAACACCCACAGGACCAGAGCUAGAUUCCAGUUACAAAGGAUAUAUGAAGCUACUGGGUGAAUGUAGUGGCAGCAUAGACUCAGUAAAAAGGCUUGGUUACAAACUGAAAGAAGAAGAGGAAAAGCUAGCUGGAUUUAUAAACCUGAACAGUACUGAAACACAAACAGCUGGUGUGAUUGAUCGAUGGGAAUUAAUCCAAGCCCAAGCUCUAAGCAAAGAACUGAGAAUGAAACAGAACCUUCAGCAGUGGCAGCAGUUCAAUUCUGACUUGAACAAUGUUUGGGUUUGGUUAAUGGAGACGGAAGAGGAGCUAGAGAAGCUCUGUCAUCUUGAUCUCAGCACUGACAUACAAACCAUUGAGCUCCGAAUUAAAAAACUGAAAGAGUUGCAGAAAGCUGUUGAUAACCGUAAAGCUAUCGUCCUGUCCAUCAACCUAUGCAGCUCUGAAUUCACUCAGUCUGAUAGUGAAGAAAGCAAGAAGCUUCAGGAGCGCCUCUCACAGAUGAAUGUGCGCUGGGAACAUGUAUGCAAUAUGAUUGAAGAAUGGCGCUGCUCUCUUCAGGAUGCACUAAUGCAAUGCCAGGAUUUCCAUGAAAUGAGCCACGGUUUGCUGCUUUGGUUGGAGAACAUUGACAGAAGAAAAAAUGAGAUCUUACCGAUUAAUCCAAGCCAAGACUUGGAUACUCUGCAGGAUCAUCACAGACUGCUAAUGCAAAUCAGACGCGAGUUGCUAGAGUCUCAACUGAAAGUGGUGUCACUUCAAGAUAUGUCCUGCCAACUGCUGGUCAACGCUGAAGGCAAAGACUGCCUGGAAGCCAAAGAGAAGGUCCAUGUCAUUGGAAACAGACUCAAGCUCCUACUGAAGGAAGUCACACAUUACAUCAAGGACCUAGAGAAAAUCUUAGACAUUUCAAGCAGUCAACUGGAUUUGUCCUCAUGGUCCUCUGCUGAUGAACUGGACACUUCAGGAUCCCUCAGUCCAGUAUCUGGGAGAAGCACACCAAGCAGACAGAGAACGCCACGGGGCAAAUGUAUUGUCUCACAGCCUGGACCCUCUGUCAGCAGUCCACAUAGCAGGUACACAAGAAGUGGCUCAGAUUCCUCCCAUUCUGAGAUGGUGGCUGCUCAGCAGCAUUCAUCCUUCUUUCUUAGGGUCCUCAGAGCUGCUCUACCACUUCAGCUUCUUCUGCUGCUCUUAAUUGGUCUUGCCUGCCUUGUACCAAUGACUGAGGAGGACUACAGCUGUACCCUAUCAAAUAAUUUUGCCCGGUCCUUCCACCCCAUGUUAAGAUAUACUAAUGGGCCUCCUCCUUUAUGAACCAAUGGAAAUGCUAGUAAAGUUGGAGAAAUAUGUCAGGAAAUGGGCUGUUUCAAAUGUUAAUGCACUCAAUGUGGCAGCUUUAUCUAGCUACUGUAGCCAAUGUUCCCAUAUCAUUCUACUGGCACCGGGUUAAUAAUGUAUCAGUACCAAAAUGUGUAAUGCAUUACAUGAGUAAUGUCCUUUCAGAACUCACAUCCCUGGCACUAAGAAAGUUAUGAAAUAAGUGAGGGAAUUUUCUUUGUCCAACAUUCUGGAUUUUUUGGCCACUUUAUGUCUGGGUCAUUGCCCUGUACUAUGCAUAGUCAGAGGACUUCAUACUGUCGAGAGAACCUUUUCCUGUGUCUGGUUCUGAAUGAAGUAUUAGCCAAUCUUUGUUAAAUACACUAUCAGUAUAUUACAGUAUUCAAAUCAACCAGCGCUAAGGACAUUUAAGAAACUUUGUAACAUAUACUUUUAAAGAGCUUGUAUGGCAAUGUACUAUUUUUCUUGGUUUUUGUUUUGGGCAUGGUGUUCUAACCUUUUCUUUGAAUGCACAGACUGUAAAUCUGAAAGGCACUUUUUUAAGGUUUAAAAAAUGGAUGUAAUACAUAAGAUCACGGAAGGUUUUAUGAGAAAAAUAUUGAAUAUCAAGUAUAAAAAAGAAACUAUUUAUGUAUGUACAGUUUGCUAAGCCAAGUUUUGUUUGUAAUGAUUUCUUUGCAUUUAUUAUAGAUACCAUACAAUAUUUUGUCUACGUGCUUUUUAAGGACAAUUAUAGAAACCUUUAAGUUUAGAAUGAGAAAUGUAUGGUAAAAACAAUUAUCAGACCAUGUAUAUGCUGCAAUUCUCAAUGAAAAAAAGUAAAAUAAAAAAGAAAUACUGUAAGAAUAAAUUAUAGCAGGUAUCUGUGAGAAUGGGAUGAUCUUGCAAAAUGAUUGCAGAAUACUAGUAUAAGAUAUGGGAAAAUAUACUGUGAUAGAACCAGUGAUGAAUUUAAAAAGCUAGUCU